AUGCCUACGUCUACAGUAUGGCGUCCUUCCGGAGACCCUUCGAUGCCUCGAGGGGUCAGCCCCAUGCGCCCUGCGCCCCAGGACAUUGAAAGGCUCUCUCCUGAUCCGGUGCUCGAAUCGGCCUUCCACCCCGUAUCCUCCUCUUUACCUCCGACCUCACAAGAAAAUGGCUUCUUAUUGAAGGGACUCGGCUUGUCAGAAACAGAAGUUCCGAACAACGUAGGAGCUACUCUUCAGCUGGAUCAUCUAUACUACGAUCAGGACGGUGCGGCGCAUGUCGGUGCUCGACUCGUUAGAGGAGUAGGCGCACCCAACGGACGUCAGUUGCCCAAGACCUCCCACAGGUCGUCAACGAGUGCUAAAAUGAUUUUAGAUGAUCGGAAACCUGGAGCAAAAGGCCAUACACGCUCUGGAUCUACCAUCGAUGACCUUGCGAGUGCCGCGAUCGCGACCAGCCCUGCCCUCGUCGAACAGCCUUCUCCCUCCUUCUCUACACGAAGCAACUUCUCUACGACACGACCGUCGACCUCCUAUGUUCCACGUUACACGUAUGAGGAGCACUCUAAUGAACCGCCUUCGAAACGAAUCAAAUCGGAGCGCCUCCCUAACCUUGAGUGGUCACCCCGUGCGGAUAGGCCGAAAACUAGUGGCAACGACAAUUCAGGAGAUAUAACACACGCGUGGCUCUUGCUAAGUCUAAAGAAUGAAGUCAAUUUCAAACAUCUCACGCCGUCUCUGCCUUCUGCAGCCCUGCAUGAACCUGCAGUAUCACCACCCCUGCCGAGGCAAACCAAGGAAUAUUUCAACCAGGAAGAUACAACAGCAGUGCAUGCAUCGCGGCACACGAGUCCGGAAAGAGAUAUUGAAGACCGGGAAGCGGCCGCGAGCAAGGAGCGCAAAGUAACCGACAGUCGACUGAUGCGUGUGCCAGAAGAGGAUGACAUUGCGUCUAGACUAUCCAGCCUGUCGAAGAGAGAGACUUUAGGCGAAGAGAGGAUCCACGAAGCCCUAACAAAAGCUAACGAUGCGCAAUCUGGCCUCUCUUCUACCUCAGCCCAGACUGCACCUCCUAAGAAACAGAGACGAGUCAGGCCCGAAGUCCAACAAGAUACCUGUGCAGGCUGCCAUCGCCUCCAACCGGAAGCCACCAACGAAGAGGAUGUUGAGAUUUCUUGGAUACAAUGUGGUCCUUGCGAGAGGUGGUUCCAUGAAAAGUGCGCAGGUUUCAAAACAAAAGCCGAAGCAAGAAGUGUUGAUAAAUACGUCUGCAAGGACUGCGAGCCUCUACAUGGCAAGACCACGUACGUACGGAAGUCGGCGCGGCAGAGGACUGCCGUCGACUACGUCAAUCUCAACCAGGGUGUUGUCAAACCAUCGGAAGAUACCUUGACGCAUCAUUACAUACAGCCGAUUAAAGAGGGGAAGAUCGAGCUUCUACCAGACGACUUCCCACGUGUACGGCCGGAGCUGGUCACGGUGGAAUUCAUGGAGAGCUUCGAGGGAAUGAAGCGACCAUUUGUGGUUCCGGCAUGCUGGAAUCCACGAUUCGGUGCUAAGCGUCAGACGAGUCCGAAGCCAGAAACACCUCUAUCCACUGUGACCAAUGAACAAGGAGCUCAAAUGGUUCAGGAAGCAGAGGACCCUUUAGAAGUGGUUGAAGACGAAGUCAUCGACUGUGACCAAGACUUGCUAGGUAUGGUCAUUCCACGCCAUCUGACCGUGCGAAAGGUCGCAGAGCUUUACGGACCACAAGAAUUUGUCCCUGUUAUUGAUGUCAAAACCCAAGAGACCAGGGGACAAUGGACCCUGAAAGAAUGGGCCGAUUACUACGAAAAGCCAGGUGAGAAGCCGAUUCGAAAUGUAAUCAGUCUGGAAGUAUCACACAGCCCGCUUGGCCGGCUCCUACGACGUCCAACGGUCGUACGGGAGCUGGAUCUUGAAGACAAUGUUUGGGAGCUCGAUGCAGAAACACGAGCAAAGAAGCGACCUGUGCAGUUUUAUUGCCUGAUGUCGGUCGCCGACAGCUAUACCGAUUUCCAUAUCGAUUUCGGAGGAUCGUCAGUGUAUUACCAUAUCCUCAAGGGAACAAAAACAUUCUUCUUUAUUCCGCCUGAGGAUAAGUAUCUUAAGAAGUAUGAAGAGUGGUGCAACUCGGACGCUCAGAACGAAACCUGGUUGGGAGAUUUAUGCAACGGCAAUGUCACGAGGGUUGAUCUCCAUGAGGGAGAUACUGCUUUUAUUCCCGCUGGUUGGAUUCAUUCAGUCUGGACACCAGAAGACAGUCUUGUCAUCGGAGGGAAUUUCCUCACACGUAUCGACUAUGAAACACAGUUGAAGGUGUUCAACGUGGAGAAAGCCACCAAAGUCGCAGCAAAGUUUCGCUAUCCUUUCUUCCAGAAAGUGAUGUGGUACGCAUUGAUGAAGUAUCUCGAAGAUGAUCCGAUUCCGGAAGAAGUGGUUGAAGACUUUCGGGAGGAUCCAGAUUAUACAUUCUUACGCGCAAAUCCUUUAUGGCACGAACUUGGACACUUGGAAAACACAGCGCCACCAGGAGACCCCGCCCACAACGCGAGAUACUACCCGAAAUCAGAAGUGACGGGGUGGCCAUCAUUACGAGACUAUCUCUACCGGACUGCUCGGGUCCAUGCCGGCCUGCCUGUUGCGGAUAUCAACAAGAAACAGAUCGAUGCUGUCAAGAAUUCAGUGCCCAAGGAAUGCAGUGACCCCUUGCUUACGAUCAAAUUAUUUGCAAUCUGGAUUGCUUGGAAGACUGGAAAUGUCACUGUUCCGGAAUGGGUACAUUCUGAUGGUGCUCUUGAGAGCGAACAGAAUGACAAGGUCAAAAAGCCAGAGAAAUACCCACUCCCGGGAGAACGUACGUCCGCGCGAAGAGCGGCACAGGUUCAAAGUCAGCCACAAAGUCCUCCCGAGGCACUCAGCCCUGUCAUUUCCGCCAGACAAAGCUCAAAACCAGCGCCCAAGAGCAGUAGCAGCAAAUCGGCAUGUGAGAAUUGCAGGAAACGUCGAAUCAAGUGUAAACACAAGUCUGGUAGUGAGACGCCCACGAGGGCUGCCCCAGAGAUUCGACCGCGAAGUUUUUCUACUGGAGCGGCCUCGGUCAAAAAUGCUCCCACAGCAAAUCGCAAUUCUGACCAAAGUGCGGUCUCAGACGUCAUUGUGAAUGGAGUCGAAUCCAGCGAUCCGCAGAGUUCCAAAAAGGGGAGAACGAAAGCUUGCGAGGAAUGUCGCAAAAGCAAGCGUCGAUGUGUACAUGACGAAUAUGGUCGUGUUGAUCCCGCUAAAGCAGCGGAACCGUCCAAACCUCGAGGAUCGACAAGUUCAAAACGCCCUUCUCGACCGAGUGACGACAAUGGGCCAAACAAACGUGCAAAGAUGUCCGACGAAUAUCUAGAUGAGGUUAUUGAUCCGGCAUUAAUGAACGGCGACUCUCUUAUUUUCGGGCAGGAAGCCGUAGAAGACAGUUUCCAUACCCCCGGUCCUUUUGUCGAAAACGCCAUCGAUGAUUCCGAUGAUGCGUCUCGACCUGUGGAGACGGAGAAUGGCAUCGAAGAUGUUCAGCCCACAGACGGUGGUGAUGGAGACAGUACGAUGCCAAUCGAUCCAUCGUUGAUGGAAAUUACUGUUCAGGCAACUGAAGAGGUCAACAUCAAGAACGAGCAUGAAGCAGGAGAUGUCGUAAUGGUCGAUGGCGAUGGCGCUGAUUCUACCAUUUCUCGGAACAACAGUGCAUUCGCCACGCCAGGCCCGAUCAAAACCGGAUCGUCCGUCAAUGGAGAUUAUUCGGUAAUUGCCAGUUCGACGCCAGGAUCAAGGCAGUCGUCACGACAGCCGAAACAGAUCGAACGGUACACACCGGAGGAUAAACGAUCGCCGAGUAAGACGUUCUCUAAACCUCCGGGGAGCAAUCGACGAGCAUCGAGUGCUGCUAGUGCGCAAACAGUUGUGACUAACCCCAAGAGUCGCCGGUCAUCCAGUCACACAUCUUCAAUUGUCCAUCGGGACGGGAUAGCCCUGCUGAGAGGACAAGCUGCAUCCACAGAGGCCUCUAUCUCUGCCGCCCGGCCUGUUAGUAGAGCUAGCACGGCAGAAAGCGAUCUGGACGCAGACGAGAAGUUUGCUCGGGAGUUGCACGCUGCAGAGAAUGGUUUGAGACGGCGGACGAGCAUGAGGGCGUGA